CCUUUCUGGCUCUGCGCGGUCAAGUUCGUUUUUUCCUUAGUUGUGGUUGGUCUUAAGUCAGUUUUGGUAAGGCCUAGGUGGAGGAGCUGACAAUAAAAGGAGUGGUUAGAGGACAAGUAAGGCACAGACUUCCGUGCAGGCCACGCGUCCUUCCGAGUGGCUACGAAGGACCGCCCGGCUGUCGCUCCAACGGGUCCCGACAGGAGCCAAUUUCCAUCGUAUCCAGAGCGCGCUUCCUCGGGCUCUGUCCUGAAACAGCCUUCGCAUCUUCAAAAGCUUCCGUACAGUCUGUGAACUUUUUCCCUAAGGAAAGGGAUUUUCCCCCACUUAAGUUCUCUUGACCGCAUUGCUGUGACCUCUGGCUUCACGGACCUGGAGAUUCCUUUGCAUGUCGGACUCGGUGAACUUCGAGGAUGUGGCCGUGGACUUCACCCAGGAGGAGCGGGCUUUACUGGGCCCAACUCAGAGAAACCUGUCCAGUGACGUGAUGCUGGAGAACUACCAGAACCUGGCCGCAGUAGAAAGGAAAGUGGGACGUAAAACCAAAGAGUCCGCACUUCACCAGGAUUUUCUGAGGGCACAAACCUCCAGAAAGAUUUACACGGCAGAAAGCCACAGUGGAGCAGAACUCUGUGAUUGCGAGCCUUGUGGAGACUUUGUCAGUGGACUUCCAUGCUUUAAGUCACACGUGGGAACUCAGAAUACAUGGAGCACUUCUGGGCGUGACUUCCUUCCUGUGCACAAGGUGAUCUCUACUGGAGAGAAAAUUUUCAUGUUGAAUCGGUGCGAACCAGCCCUCAGCCAACCUCGAGCUGUCCUUCACCCAAGAAGGUGCACUCAGGCCCAACCCGCUGAAGGCAGUGACUGUGGGAAGGCCUUUGUUGAUCCGUCACAUCUUCAGACUGACAGGAGGAUGCACAGUGGAAACGAACUUGGCGAGCUGAGCGGAUGUGGGAUGGAUUUCCUUCACGCCAGCAGCCUUGCUGUGCUGAUGCAAAGACCCAGUACAGAAAAACCCUACAGGUGUAAGGACUGCGGAAAAGGCUUCAGGUGUUCUGCUUACCUUAAUAUUCGCAUGGGAGCCCAUAGUGGAGGCAACCAUGAAGGUAAGGAGUGUGGGACUGUCUUUCCAACAUCUUCUCAAUUGCCUGAACGUGUGAAAGAUCGCACCGUGGAAAAGUCAUUUGAGGGUAAGGUGUGUGGGAAAUCCUUUAGAAACACCUCCUGCCUUCAUGAUCACUUUCAAAUUCACCAUGGAUUAAAACCUGUCAAAUGUCAAGAUUGUGGGAAAGCCUUUACCAGAUCCUCCCGCCUGCACGAGCACACGAGAACUCACACUGGAGAGAAGCUUGAGUGUGUCAGAUGUGGGAAAGCGUCUGCUGUUUCCUCAAAUCUUCGUAGACAUCUGAGGAUUCACCCUGGAGAAAAGCCCUAUGAAUGUAAAGAGUGUGGGAAAGCCUUCAGUUCUCUAAGUUCAUUUCAGAAUCAUACACAAAGAUAUUACCAAAGAGAAACUGUCAGUAUAAGGGGUGCGGGAAAGCUUAAUGGUGUCAUGUUCAUUUUGAAGACACGAACUCGAGGGAGAAGCCUACAAAUGUAAAGCAUUUAGGAGCAUCUGUGCUCCUAUCUCAGGUCUUA